UACCAUGUUACACCAAACUUUAAAGUUGUUGGCGUAACUCUGCGCCACAAAGGUUGUGACAUUCCUUAUCAUAAAUCUCAAGAUUUUACAAAUAGUUAUAUAAUCGGUUCUGGAGUUUCAGCUUCGGUUUAUGCUGUAUUUUGGAAAAGUACACAAACAAAAUAUGCAAUUAAAAAAUUUGCUGAAGGUUCUGCGAAAGAUAUGAUUCUAAACGAGAUUGAAAUUCUUGAAGGUGUAAGAGAAAAGCCCAUUUCAACCACAAAUGGUGUAUUUGUUAAGCUUUAUCAAAAAUGUUGGAAACAUGAACCAGAUAAGAGACCAGAUAUUGAUCAAGUAAUUUCAGAGCUUAAUGUUAUUAAUCCGAAAAGUCAUUUUAAUUCUAAAGAAAGUGAUGAGAGUAUAUUAGAAUGUGACGACGAAUUUUCAGGUUGUGACGUUAAAUUAUAUUAUUAG